AUGAUGCUUGCCGGGUUGCUACGUGGCUCUCGCGCGCCAACGGCACCGCAGAAGUUACGCCACAGUUUUCGGCCUCCAGUACGGCAAUGCUCGUCCCGCUCUGCCGUCUCCUCUGCCCUCACCACACAGCGAGCAUGCAAGGGUGAUUACGGCUUCAAUGUGUUUCAUAACUCCAACCCACAGCAUGGUGGCAGCUACGCUCGACACGAGCGACGCAUGCGGGACGACGAAGUGGAGGACUUCUUAAAAUCCGUUAAGCACUGGCGGCCUGUGUACGAGGAUGUGGCUGACGGUAAUGUGGUGAAUGCCGCACAGUCAUCAUCGUCGUCCACCUCCGCCUCUGACUCGGAGCCGCCGACGCCGGCGUUCUCGCAGAUCAGCGAGGAGGCCAUCACGCGCACCUUCCAUUUUGAAGCCUUUCGCGAGGCGUACCUCUUCAUGGGCCGGCUGUGGGCCUUUUGCUACGGCAGCGACAAGUGCCCGCAUGUCACGUGGGAGGGGACAGCCAUCACCGUCUACCUCUACUCGCCGUCUUUUCGAGGCCUCAGCAAGCGCGAGGCGCGGGUGGCGGCGUUCCUGAAUGAUCAGUACAACAUGAGCCGGAAGAGCAAGUGGCAGCAACGUCGCAUCAUGGACGGCAUUGUGCGAGAGGCCAUGGUGGAGAAGCUGCUUGGAGAGGAAGUGGCGACGCACAUUGCACGCCGGCAAACACUGCGGACGGCGCCACUGCAGGAGGUGAAAGACGGGCCGCGCAGUUGGCGCAGCGCCAUCGGGUCACCGUCGCACCGUAACAACAAAGACAGCGAUCGAGAAGGCACUGCCAUGGGAGAGCAGGACAGGCAAUAG